GGCUAUGAACGAACAAUAAACGAUCCAACUUGUGCCAGUAAUUUUUAUAACCUAAAUGCUUCUCUUUUAUAUUUGCUGCCGCAGUUUCAGGCUUCUGAACAAACAAUAAAUAUGGCUAAUAUGAAUUACGAAGAUACAUUUUAUAUGAUAAAUACUUUUCCAUCUCUAUCAUCUUUGUCUCAGACCUCUGGACAAACAAAAAAUAAUUCAACUUGCACCAAGUAUAUCUCAUCUAUUCUGCUCUUUCAGGCUUUUGAACAAGCAAGAAAUACUACAUAUAUGAAUUUUGAAGAUACUUCUGAGGAAACAAAUAAUGUUGAAAUAGAAUAUGAAUCUACUUUUCAUGGGGAUAUAAAUGCUUCUUGUUCUUUGUCACAGAUUCAA